AUGAAGUCACUUAUUUUAGCCUUGUUGUUCCUACUCUGCGGCUUGGCCUGCCAUAUUGAAGGUCGUGGGUACUUAAGCAAAAGGCCGCGACCUCAAACAGAACUGCCAUCAGAGCAAACACCUAUAAGUACCAAAAACGUCAAAUCCGGAAAAUCAGUCAUAGACCCUGCCAUUCGUAAGAAAUCCGUGGGAUGCCCGCGACGUCGAUGUGCCUCUAGAGAUAUCCCGGUCUCCUGUAGACAGGAAACUUUUUUUAGAUCCGAGGAUGGUAGGCGAUGUAAAGGAUGUGAUCGUAAUAUUUGUCAGGAAAAAAGCCUUGAUACGGGAAAUCCUUUGUUCACCCGUAAGUUAGCUUCAGAAAGUGAUCCGAUCCGAGAUACCGUUUCCAGGGAUAGACAGAAUGACGGGACACUACCCUCUAGAAAUCGUAACAGUAACAGCGCAAAAAACAAUUUACGAUCUCAAAACGAGUUCCGCAACAUUGACCUUUUUGAUACUAUUUUCCAAAACAGAAGAAAUUCACAAUCGUUAAUUGAGAGAGGAUUUCCAGAGAUGUUUCCUUCGGAAUCAGAUUCCAUGAUGUCACGACUUUUUGGACAAGAUUCAACUGGACAAAAUAUCAUGAAUAAUCGGGAUGUUGGAACACGAGGAGCAAACAGAAGACGACAGUCACCUGGUUUACAAAAUCGUCGCAACCGUGUUCCUGUGACAAAUAACAGCUGGGCAUCUCCAGGUUUCCAAUGA